CAUGCGUGAAGAUGAACGUCAACCCCCGUGGCUUUAUGAAAGGCAAGAUCCCUCCAUGGGCAGCGCGUCUGUCGGCUGCUUAAACCCGCGUUUGUGUUGAGAGAAGGAGCUCUCCUCUGAAGAACCGGGCCCGAGGACGGUCUCAUCUCUUCGCCGCAGUCCGUUCGCCGUGUGUGUGUGUGUGUGGGGGGCUACCAUUCGGCUUCAGGCGUAAGGCUAUCCUUGCCCUCCGUCCUCUCUCAGCCUCAACAACACAAACCACGGGGACGAGCCAACGGUUAGCCGAGAAGGGAAGUGGGCUCCGUCUUCUCUUUCAUCAGGCAGUUUCUUCUUCUCUUUCCUUUCUUCCCUCUCUUCUUCUUCUACCUACUCCUUUCCCUUCUCUCUCACCUCUUCCACACAGAUGCUCCCAGCCGCCCAGCUUGACAAGCGUGAUGGGAUGUGUCAACUAGCAGAUGAGGUGGUCCUGGACGAUGUGAUCGGACUGAAGGAUUCAUCUGCAGUGUUCACACCAGAGGCGAGACAGAGGAGGGACCGGGCAGAGGAGGAGGAGGAGGACAUCGAAGACACAAGGAUGGGCGUGGGGAAGAACACCACCUCCAAGUCGAUGGACAGCGGCAGUGAGGGAGGAAAAUAUGAAGAGGAGAGCAAACAUGGCGCAGAUUUCUACCCUAUUCCGGUGGUGGUAAACGGAGUGGGCGGUGCCAGUGGAGACCAGGAUACUGAGAACACAGAGCUCAUGGCCAUCUACACUAAAGAUAAUCAAGGAGCAGAAAAGAGCUCCAUGUCUGAGACGUUGGACAGCACAGACAGUAUAGAUGCAAGGAGGAUGGAUAUGAUCUACACCAUUGAAGACACUCCUCCGUGGUACCUGUGUGUUUUCUUAGGCUUACAGCACUACUUGACAUGUUUCAGCGGGACGAUCGCGGUGCCAUUCCUCCUCGCUGAGGCGAUGUGCGUUGGUUUUGAUCAGUGGGCCACCAGUCAGCUCAUAGGGACCAUCUUCUUCUGUGUGGGGAUCACCACCCUGCUACAGACCACACUGGGCUGCAGGUUGCCUUUGUUCCAGGCCAGUGCGUUCGCCUUCCUCGCACCAGCCAGAGCCAUCCUGUCACUGGACAAAUGGAAAUGUAAUAAUACAGAGGUUCCAGUGUUGAACAGCACAGAGCUCCUCCACACAGAGCACAUCUGGCAUCCCAGGAUACGAGAGAUCCAGGGGGCUAUCAUCGUGUCCUCUCUAGUUGAAGUGUGUAUCGGAGCGCUGGGUCUUCCUGGGAUUCUGCUCAAGUACAUCGGACCUCUGACCAUCACCCCCACCGUAGCCCUCAUCGGCCUGUCUGGCUUCCAGGCUGCGGGGGAGAGGGCUGGAAAACACUGGGGUAUUGCUAUGCUGACUAUCUUCUUGGUGCUGCUCUUCUCUCAGUAUGCCAGAAACGUUCACUUCCCUCUCCCUAUCUACAAAGCCAAGAAAGGCUGGACUUCCUAUAGGCUUCAAGUCUUCAAAAUGUUUCCUAUCAUCAUGGCCAUCCUGGUGUCUUGGCUGUUGUGCUUCAUCUUCACUGUGACUGACGUCUUCCCACCGGAGAAGGACAAGUACGGUUUCUACGCCCGCACAGACGCACGUCAAGGAAUUCUCACAGCUGCGCCGUGGUUUAAGAUCCCAUAUCCCUUCCAGUGGGGCGUUCCUACUGUAACAGCUGCAGGUGUGAUCGGUAUGAUGAGCGCUGUGGUGGCCAGCAUCAUCGAGUCGAUUGGAGAUUACUACGCCUGCGCUCGUCUCUCCUGCGCUCCUCCACCUCCCAUCCAUGCCAUCAAUAGGGGGAUAUUUGUGGAGGGUAUUUCCUGUGUGUUGGAUGGACUUUUCGGGACAGGAAAUGGCUCUACCUCCUCCAGUCCAAAUAUAGGUGUCCUGGGAAUCACAAAGGUGGGCAGCAGGCGUGUGAUUCAGUACGGAGCCGCCAUGAUGCUGCUGCUUGGGCUUGUGGGUAAAUUCAGCGCCCUCUUCGCCUCUCUGCCAGACCCUGUCCUGGGAGCUCUGUUUUGCACCUUGUUCGGUAUGAUCACAGCAGUGGGACUGUCCAACCUGCAGUUUGUCGACCUCAACUCCUCCAGGAACCUCUUUGUCCUGGGCUUCUCCAUCUUCUUUGGCCUGAUGCUGCCGAGCUACCUCAAACAGAACCCGCUGGUCACAGGCAUAAUUGAGGUUGACCAAGUUCUGAAUGUGCUCCUCACCACUGCCAUGUUUGUCGGAGGCUCCGUCGCCUUCAUUUUGGACAAUACUAUCCCUGGUUCCCCUGAAGAGCGAGGCAUCAGGAAGCUGAAGCGUGGCUCUGGUCUCAGCGCAGCAGAACUGGAGGGGAUGAGAUCUUACGACCUGCCGUUUGGAAUGGACUUCAUCCGCAGAUACCCCAUCUUCAAGUAUAUCCCCAUCAGCCCGGCCUUCACAGGCUACCAGUGGGGGAAGCUGCAGGACGCCUGCAGGAGCAGGAUGGGACACGGGGAUGUGGUGAAGGGUGGAGUAAUGGGAGGGGAUGGAGGCACAGCGCUGGGAGAGAGUCGGGUAUAGCCAACGGGGCUCGUGUGGCUGAAUUUGGGGAGCAUGGGAUGGUACACUAAGAUAAAAGGAUAGGAGGGUGGAGGACAGAAGCGGUGCAGGAUUUGGGAUUGUGUGGCAGAAAAUGUGAUGCACCAACCUACCCCCCGUCAGUAUGUGUUUUCUUUAGCUUGUGUCAGUCUUUUCCCACUUCCCACUAUGCUAUUUUAAGCAUGCUUAUAGCAAGUCACAGCAUGCUAUGAAAGAUGUCACCACACAGAGGUUAGUUGGUGUGUGUGUGUGUGUGUGUGUGUGUGUGUGCAUGUGUGUAUGGCAUGCAGCAGGAGAUGACGGCACUUUAAUCCAGAAGGAGGCAGACGGAUGUCAAACAAUCAGAGCUGAAUGUUUGAUGAUUCACUGACUUGAUUCACUGCUAACUUCUACUGCCAGUGUCAUUUUACAAAACGCACUCCACUGAGAGCACAGUAGAUUUGAUUGAUUUGAUGUCAAUUGAGGAUUAUGCAAAAUUUCUGUAACGAAUCAUUUGCCUCUAGACUCAUUUAUGCAAUUGCAUCAGAGAUACACACAUGCUCUCUCUCUCUCUCACACACACCACACACACACACACACACACACACACACCAAUAGCCUCACCAAAACUAGCUAGAGUGCAGCGAUGCACGUUAGAGUCGCGCAGACUGAUGGACGUGGUUUGUCAGGUGCCCUUCGCCAUGCAAAGUGAUUGUAAAAUUUAUUUUUGCACUAUCUGAGUUCAAAUCUAGAAUGUCACUCCACAGCUCGCUCCCUCCUCUCCCACCUCUUUUCUUCAUUAAAAACUCCUCAGAGAUCCAUUCACAACACGUCAUACCCGCUCAUCUCAUGCCGAGCAGUUUCACAUCCCUCACUUUUAAUUUAGUUUUUUCUGUGUAGUAGAGUGCUGAUAUUCACAAGAUCUCCCCUAUGGUUGGGCAAAAUUUCACUAACCCCACCAGUUUACAUACUGUUUACUGUCAGUAUUAUGCAUCAUUAUUUACUAACAAGACCAAAACUCUAGUUUACCUGAACACAACUGCAUCUCAUUUAAAUGGGACUUGACUUUUACUUCAUAAUGGAACAAAAUUAAUAUUCAAGUUUUUUUAGUGUUCAUUCAAUAAUAACCUUAAUGUGCUUAUCUUGUGUCUCCUCGAUUGCACUUAGGCACUUACACGAUGAAACAAGCUUUGAAUAAUGCCUGUGCUGCCGUAAUGACAGCAGCUAUGUUAAUGGCACACAGUAACACAGACGUGUGGCCUUGUCAGACUUUGAAACGUUGUGUACAUAAAUACUGGGCUUAAAAAACUGAAAAUGACUACAGAGAGAGAGUUUUUAAGGGGUCACUUGUGCUCUGUUUUUAGUAGCAAUGUGUGUUAAUGUAGGAUUUACAAAUAAUUCACCAACCCCGUCGAAUCCACCAAAUUCGACUCUGUGCAUUUGUGUGUUGUUUGCAACACUGACUGUUGCUGAUGCCAUUAACAAUUUCCUCGUUUCAUAGUGUUGAUGACUUUCCCAUACAUUCCUCCUUCCUCCUGUCCUUUGUCACCCUCACCCCUUCCCACUCUCAUCUCACUUUAACUAGUUAACUGCUGAUGUUUGUUACUGUUCAUGUCUGUUGUCGUUCAGCACAUUUUGGUUUCAGAGCAUCAGCAGCCCUGUACCUUACUGACCCAGGUGUGAAGAGCGAGUCUCUAAUCUGACCACACUGUGUGCCUCUGCUACUUUAAUAGGGAAAAAACAGCAGUUUAACCAAGAAUUUGCAACAUUAUAAUUUUGGCAAAUGUAGAAAUAAAAAUUAGCACAAGGAGAGAAAUGAUGAAUUAAUAAUAAUGAUGAUAAAAACCAACUUCUAAAUAUUUAGCCCAGCUGAGAUUUUUACUAAACCAAAAUAUAAAAGUUCCUUAUUUUCUAUUUCCUCUUAUUGUUCUGUAACAAUAUACCAAAACAUUUUUUCAGCAUUGGCAGUCACUGUUGAGAAACUUUUUAAAAAUUAGUUUGAAAUCUCAUCCCAAAAUGUUCACACCUUUUAUCUCUUAUGUUAAAUCUAUUUAUUUAUUUAUGAGAAGAAAGAUGUUGUUGAUGUUUAAUGAUUGCUUGAAGCAGGUUUAUUUGUCUCUGCACAUUGUUGAAAGUAUAUUUAUUAUUUGACCUGUUCAUGCCCUGUAAAGAUCGGCGUGACGACCGCUACUCCCGCCCUCAGUCUCAGCUACAGUUGGUGCUUUUAGAAAAACUCACACGGGGACAGCAGCUUUUGAUAAAGUUAGUUUCUAACCUAAGAAUUAAGCUUUCUCUGUUUCAUUCCAUUUAUAUCAUGUUGUUUGAUAUAAAGAGAGAGAAAAAAAACAAGUUUAAAUGUUGAACUGGAUAGUUUAGUCAAAUUUUUCAGAGUCAGGGCCUUUUUACUACACGUACUGUUUGCACAUGUAAAGGUGCCAAGAAGAUCAGGGUCAGAGUGAGUAAUAUUCACUGACCUGAAACCCUAAGACAUCACUAGUGUACGUAGCCAGAUUUAUAGUCAAAUAUAAUCAUUUAUUUUUGUUUGAUGAUUUGAUGACGGAACAGCUUUGUGCUGAAUGUUUCUGGGCCUUAGUCUCUGAUAGCACAGCUAGCUAUAGCCCCAGUUACGACCUCAUCUCUCUGUACAUUAACUCUCGGUCAGAUAGCAUUCCCAGUGCUAUUUUUACCUGUCACCCAGCAGUGGGUUGAAUCUUCAAAGGUAUUUUUUCUGAUCUUACAAAUGUCUGCUGUCUGCCUUGAAUGAUAAAAUGGACAAAACCAAUGUUAAAGUCCAAUAUUUCCACAGUCGCACUGUACUCUACUCCUCUACAUUUCUGGAUGUAAGAGGAACAGGAAUAGGAAUUUCAUCCAGCUGUAUUCCUGUAAAUGUUUUCAUCAUUUACUUACUUGAUGUCACCAUAAAUGUGGCCCCACAGUGUUUACACAGAGGCACAAAUUUUGGUCUUUGUCAUGUUGUUGAAUCUGACUGGUCGUCACAGUUUGUGGUACAUCAGCUGUUCGAGAUUUGUGACCCUGUCUAAAUGCUAUGAGGGCACCAUUUUCUGCUACACCUAUCAGAAUGCAAUAAAGUAAGGUUAGUGUUUGCAGUGCUAAUAUACAGCAGCUGAAAGCACUAAUCCGGUCACAGACUCUGAUGGGAAUUUUGUGUAACGUUGGUAUCACCAAAUAUUUUAUCAUUCUGGGCAGAUGGUUGAUGUCAUGACCAAAUCGCAGAGAAAAAAAAUCACAGAUUGAUGACGUCUUAAAAGAGGCUAGGCUAGCUAGCGGCCACUGACGUGUGCAGAAACUGAAAAAUCUAAAACCUCACCAUCCUCAUCUAAAUGUUGGCUGUGCUCAGGACUGGCAGCUGGAUAGCUGUAAAACAAGAAGUAAUGUAAUGAGGUGGUUGGUCAAAUUAAACAGUGUGUACAUUUGCACACCAACUGAUGUUCUUUGGCUCCUUUGCCCACGCUGCGUGACCUUGCUCUGUGAAGCAGGGAUGAUCGAGUCAGAGAGGUCAGAGAGCAGUCGCCGCCUCCUCCUGCAGUCGGAGGAUGGUUUGACAGUUUUUGUCUCCUAUGUAGUGAAUUCUCUUGUACAUGGCAUGUAACACAUAAUAAUCACAUGGACACCGUGUUUUCUGUGUCAUAUCAUGUUCAUGCAACCAGCACUUAGUUCCCCCAUCACAUCCUCUCUCCUCUCUCCACACACUCAUACUGUUUAACUCCCCCAGUCCUGCAGUGAAAAUACAUUGGUGUCCUCUCAUGUUUAGUGUACCUGGUGUUCUCCCCGGGAGUUCUUACUGUUGUUUCUGGAUGCAGGAGAAGACACCGGCUGGCCACCUUGUUAAGAGCCUGUUGGUCAUUUUGGCAGCUGUGUGGACCUGACUUAUCACUUUACAGCAAGAUGAACAUGGGAUGAUUUUGUGCCUAAAUACAACUUCUUCUUGAUGUUAACUUUUACCCUCCACUUUUUAUCCUCAGUUCGGUCUUAUUUUAGGAUGCUUUUUCGCAUAGUUGUUACAGAAAUGGCCCAGUUACACUAAAAACACCUUCUAUUUCACAUCCCUAGACGCUACUCUUGGUUUUCUGGCUUGAAUUACAACAGAUGGAUCUUAAGAAGGUGGCCAUGAGGUGUGUAACACAAAGACAUCAAUCCCUUUCAGUUAUUUUGAAGGGGGUGCUACCUGAAGAAUAUACUAUUGUGUAUCAAGUGUUUUAUCUUUUUCAAUGUUUUUGUUCUUUUAUACAUCAUUUUUAUGUUUUUGCAGGCAAAUAUUUGUAAGAAACAAAUCAUAACUUUUAAUCUUAAAUCAUGCUGGAAAGCGCACCAUUUUGUUGUACUUAUUUAAAAAGUAAAUACAUUUUGAUCCUAUUUUGAAUCUGUGGUUUGGUGGAAUCCUUUGUUUGUUUGUUAGGACCUUUUCAUAUUGUAUUUUUUUACUCUAACAUUGCUUUCUGUCUAUGUUAACACAUUACCAGUAUAAAUUAAAGAUGGAGCUGAGAAACUUUAAAUAGAUGUAAAAACAAAACAAAAAAAUAAAUGUAUAUUUAAUGGAGUAAAGUUUGCUAAACCUUCUGGAAGAGAAAUUGUGUAAACUAAUUGUAGCAACAAGAUGUUUUAUUCUUUGUUCCUAAAACUAUUUAAUAAGAUGUUACAGAAUGAAUAA